GAGGGUUAUUCAAAACUAAUACUCAGUCCUUGCUGAAAUUGAUCAGUCUAAAAAUAGCUUAUUUGAUGUGAAGCUAGGAAUUUAUAUGGACCAUAUCUUAAAACUAGCUUGCAUUUUAAACAUUGUGCCUUGAAAGAUCUGUUACUAUCCCUCUCAUUCUAUCAGUCCUUCCAUUCAGUAAAAAAUGCCACUAUAUAAGUUUUUCUUUCUUGAACUUGCAGAGGGAGGAAAAAUUGGUAGUAGAUGUUAGCAGUAGGAAACUUGAAUUUCAUUUUAGCAUUUAGCAGUACUUCACAGAGUGGACAGUUUCCUGUUUAAUUUAGCCACUCCAAAGAAAUGUAUCAAAUGUAACAUCAAAUGGAGAAUGGUGAUUAACUAUAGAACUUUUAGUAAAGGGCAUGCCUCUUUGUGGCUUGCUUUUGGAUACUGGCAUGGUGAGUGUUCAGUUUGAGUGUUUUUAAAUUUUGUUUAAAAAAAAAAAAGGAUUACUUGAAAUUUAUGGAACAGUUCUCCUUCCCCAUCCUACAGUAGGAAGCUACUAUACUCUUAGUAUUGUGUCAGUAUAUAUCUGGAAGCACAAAGAUUCCACUAUGAGUAGCUGAAAAAGCUGGUGCUUGUACCUACUACUUCCCUUUCAGUCUUGUUUAAGCUGACCAGUCAAAUGGAGACUGACAACAGGGAGGGAAGUAGGAUGUGGGAAGAGGACAGUUCUCAGAAACAUUUACUGUUUUUAAUAGGGAGCCACCUUCCUGACACAGAUCUGGUUAAAGAGGAAAAAAGAUAAAAGGUUGAAAAGGCAAUUAGCCAGAAUAUUCAGAACUUUGACGCCACUAUGAAGAAACCGAUUGAUACUCGAGUACUUACUCUUAUUCCUUCAAACAUUUAUUGAAUGCUUACUAUGUGCAAAGUGCUGUGGAGAAUACAUAGCUGAAUCAGGCAAAUUCUGAGCCUCACAUGAAGAACUGGCCAUAACUUUUUCAAAAUGCAAAUGACAGACACGUUUUAAAAUGCCUAGUUAAUUUUGUUCUCUUCCUACCAAGGUUGAGGACCUGAAUGUGUGUAGAGAGAAAAAAAGUAAAAUAACUGAAGUUCUCAGACUUGAUGUCAAAGAUUAUUUGGAAGGACACAAUGUUUGCGAGAGGAAUAAAGAGAAAAUGUUUUGAUGGUGAAGAAGAUAUUGAAGGUACCGUGGCUGGUUUUAAGGCUAUUCCCUCAUAUAAUCUUCAGCGGCAAUCACUUUUAGACAUGUCUCUGAUAAAACUACAGUUGUGCCACAUGCUUGUUGAACCUAAUCUGUGUCGCUCAGUUCUCAUAGCAAAUACUGUAAGGCAGAUUCAAGAAGAAAUGACCCAGGAUGGAACUUGGCAAGUGAUAAAUGCUCAGAAUACAGGACAAUCUUCUCUUGACCGUCUAGUGUCAUCAGAUAUUCUUUGUCGUUCAACAAAAGAACAGAGUGAUGGGAAACUCAUUCCAAGUUACAGUAGUUUCUCAAAAGACUUUGAAGAUAUCCAGUCCCAAGAUAUUAUUUCUGACCUGUCCAUGGUUACAUCAGUACAAGCUUCAAGAAACCCUCAAGGUAAUGUUUGGGAAAUGGAGAACCCUCCCGAAAAUAGGGGAAACUUUCAGAAGUCACUAGACCAAAUAUUUGAAACAUUGGAGAACAAAAAUCCUAAUUCUGUAGAAGACUUAUUUUCAGAUGUUGACAAUUCUUAUUAUGAUCUUGAUACAGUAUUAACAGGAAUGAUGAGCAACACAAAAAUGGGACAUUGUGAUGUGCUUGAGAGCUUUUCAUCUCAAACAACCACAAAUUCUAACUCAAAUUGUAAAUCUGAUAUAAAUGAGCUUGACCAUAUUGUGGAAAUCCUUGUUGAAUCUUGAAAUGGUUAAAUUCAAAGCAUGAUACUUUGAAGAAAUCAAGAACUUUUGAAAAAACAAGCCUUCAAAUAGUUUACUAUCAAAUGUAUAUGUAAUCUACAUAAAAGAUAAAAAGCACUUCAUUUUGUGAAAUAGUGUUAUCCUUAAAGCUAACGUGCUAAUUUUGCCUUUGACAAUUUUAAUUUGUCCACUGAAAUUUUAAUAUCUAACAAAUAGUUUCAGGGUCUAAAAUUUCCAAGAUUAGGCAUAGUCUACUUUUUCUUUCCUGUUUCAAGGCAGAAAGAGAGACUGGUACAAAUAAGUUCUUGACUUUUUAUUUAGCCUUUUUUUUUUUUUUAAGGGUCUAUACUUAAACUUUCAAUUUCCCUGAUUCCUUUAUCUUCCCUCUUUUCUUUUUCAGCUACAGUCACCAGCCUUCAACUUUAUUAGUCUAGAUAGUUUUUUUUAUUAGUUUUGUAUGUUUUGGGCAAGGUUUUGCCUUUUAAAAAUAUAUUUUUGAAAUUUUUUUAUACUUUUAUCAGUGUUUAGAUUUUCCAGCUAUUUUCCUAAAUGUAUAUUUUUACUAUAAAUGUCCUUUCUGCUGCUACUUCAUUAACUUUUUCGUAGCAUAAACACUUGGAAUUGGUAUAUUUCUGUUAAAUUUUUAAAAAUUUUGUUUUUCAGAAUGAACUAUAUUAUAGUUCAGUAAACUGUAAAUAUGCAACAUGCUUUAAAAUGUAAGAACUGUUUUCAUAAUCAUGUAGUACUUAAAGUUGAGAACUUAUAUCACUUUUUAUACUUGAGCAUCAUUAGAGAGAAAAAAUGCUGAUCUAUAGAUACAGUUCUAUUAAAAGCCAUGUCUCAUGUUAAUUCUGAAUAUAAAUUAUGAUGUGUAGGGUUUUAUUUAUGUAUAUUUAUAUGUAAAUGUCAUUAGUGAAUUGUUUGUCAUUGAAGUCUAGGGUCAAGUUACUUUAUGUGGAAAACUCUUGCACUAAUUACUAAGUAAAGUGUUAUUGGGGGCCUUA